GUUUCUCACCAUGGCGACGCUACUUGUGUACAUCUGCAGAUUGGCACUAUUUCUAACAAUAAAAUCAAACCUACUUCACUCACAGCAAUUUACGAUUUCGUUUCAGCGUCCUGCAGACUGCGGCGUGGAACAGUUCUACGACAUCUCCAGUCUGUCCUGUGUGAAAUGCGGACCGAACCAGAGGACGAGUGCAACGGGUGCGUUUAUCACUAGUGUUGUUGUUGGUUACUGUGAGUAACUGGCUAGCUAAUUAGCAGUACGCUAAUCGACGCCAGUCCGGAUUUGUUGUAGAGUCAACCGUAUUGUUUAAAACGUUACGUGUAAUAAUAGAACAGGCUAAACCAUCUUUGCUAAAUAGUACUUAAAUACAGCAACAGCGAAUCGUACGGGAGGAAUGUAUUGCAGUAAACCACCUGGCUAGCUAGCUAGUUAACAUUGGAUAAUAAUGCAGCUAAUAUAGUGUAAACUGGCCUGCUAGCUAAAGCUGACAAUUUUGCCCUGGCAUUUGUUGCAUUGUCCUACAUUUAGACUAUGUUCGUUAGUUCAUCAGUCAAUAAGAUUACUGCAGAUAUUGUUUUCUGAUUGUGCACUGAUGGUUUACAACGUAACCUACAGCUGUGUCCACUGUUAUAAUCUCUUGUGUUAACCAAUUACCCUUUCCUCCUUCAUCAGGUCUGUCUUGUGAAUGUGUGACUGGGUUCAGAGUUCUUGCCACCAACGGAGCUUCCAUCACCUGUCAGCAGUGUCCACUAGAAAAACGGGUAUGUUCUGAUUCUGUACUUCUAGACAGUACAUCACACCAUAUAAUACAUUACAAUAUCAGCUAUUUCAAUUUACUUAUCGUUCACCGACCAUUUUUAAAGGUCUCAGUCAAUACAGAUUGUCCUGGGAAGUGUGCUGAACACAUGAGGUUGGUGGCACCUUAAUUGGGGAGGACGGGCUCAUGGUAAUGGCUGGAGCGGAAUUAGUGGAAUGGUAUCAAAUACAUCAAACGCAUGGUUUCUAUGUGUUUGAAGCCAUUCCAUUUGCUACGUUCCAGCCAUUAUUAUGAGCCGUUAUCCCCUUAGCAGCCUCCACUGGUGCUGAACUGCAUGUGUUGUUCUGCCCGUCUCCUGUAGGCAGUAACAGAGGAUGGCUAUGGGUGUAUCCUCUGUCCGGGCAGUCUGACUGAGCAGGGAACCUGUCAGUGCCCGUCUGGGAGUAUACUGGGUGAGUAAAGCUGGGAGUAUACUGGGUGAGACGGCAGCUAGAGGAGCCACGUCUACAGGGGAUGUGAUGGUGUUUCUGGUGCGGUGCUGUGUGAUACUAAUGCUGUGUUGUUGUGCUGUAGUGGAGCGGGAUGUCAAGGGGAACCCUCUGGAAGAGGCCAGGUGUGAGGUGUGUAAUGGAGCUGAACCUGCCCUCUCAGCCCCCAACAGCUACGGAGACAGGUACCAGACACAGCCAAGUCUUCUUGCAGAACAACUGAUGUUUCUGCUCUAAACUCUGAUGGCAUGACUUAUUCAGAUUAUGCUGCUUGAACUGUUUAAUGCCCGUCUGUCUGUCUAUGUCUGACUCUGCUCUCUUGUCUCUGUCAGGUGUCAGAGAUGCCAGGCUUCCUUCAUCAACACCUCUCAGUCCUGUAUGUGUGGCUCCAACAUCCUGGUGAGCCCACCCUCUAUACUACGCAUUUGUGUCAUGUAUGGGUUUAAAAUGAAACACAAGUCUAGAGCAUCCGUGAAUCAUAUGUCGUGUUUCUUUACAGGCUGGAGGUUUGUGUUUCCCUCCCAACAACCUCCAAACAGCCGUGAACCCAAACGUCAACUAUGCUGAGCUGGUAAGUCAGUUUUGACCCAGUUUGGCAAAUGUUAUCUAUCUGGAUUUUGCCUAUCGUAUAGGAUUAAAUGCAUAGAAAUUGAAUGAAUAGAACGGAUUAAUCAUUGACUUGAAUGGGGACUUCCAUUGUAUUCAUUCUAUUUCUAUGCUUUAAUCCUAUCCGAUAGGCAAAAUCCAGAUGGAUACUGUAACUUUUUUGAAAAACUGGGGCCAGAGCAUCAGUGAGUCUGCUGUAAUUAUGUUACUGUGGAGGUAUAGUAAAACUCUCUGUGGUAUGUUCCCCCUGUAGUCCAUUCCUGUGCAGUCGGCAUGGUUCUCCACAAACCUCUACUCUUCAGCAGCUGCCUGCUUGGUAAAUUAUAAAACCUCUCAAAUACCUGUUCACCUUUCUGUCCCUGUACGAUCUAUGUGCGCUUGUCAGUGUGUGGUGUGUGUUCUCUAACCUGACCGUGUUGGUAUGUGUGCAUUGUACAGGUGUAUACUAACCUGACAGCAUGCCAGGCACUGGGGAACAUGUGUGUGAUGAACAUGCACUCCUUCGGCAGCGUGGCCAAUGAUGCCUGUGGUCUCUACAACACCAUCUUCAGAGCUACCGCUUCCCUGGGGUCUACACAGGACAUAUCCUACUGGUAAUCUCUAACCCCUUUUCUGACCCCUAACCUAUAACCCCUAAAACACCUUCCAAAGAUCUACUCUUGCUCUGGAGUCUCUAACCCAUGUUUUGAACCAAUGAUGUAAAAGCUGGAGUAGAUCAGUCAAUGGAACUGUCCAUUCCUGCCCCUGUGACUUUAGGAGAGCCAAUCUCCCAUGGCUUUACUACGGGGACCAGCCGGGUCUGGCCAACCGCGUGCUGCAGACAGAGCCACUUCCCACUGGAUUCAGCUUCAAGGGACGCAACAGGGUCAGUAACACACACACACACACACAUUGACCCAACACUAUUACCACAACACCUAUGAUGAUUACUCAGAUUCUAUGUGUGUUGUCACUCUUUCUCAGAAUACAGACAUCAAUCUAGUGGCUGCUGUCUACAACGCCAGAGGAGACUUCCUCCAAUGGGAGAAAGUGGGAGGAAACAACUUGCAGGUAAAACAGGAAGUUCAUCAUGAGUCUGCCUAGUGAAGGCUAGUCUUGCAUUGCCACACUUUGUAGUCUCAUAAUCACUCACAUUCAUAUUGACCUUCAAGCUGAGCUGUCUACUGUAGUAAUAUUUGUAACGACCGGAGGGUGGGGGCAGAGCCCUGUGUGAGUCUAACCUAAAGGUGGUCCUCUUUCCAUCACACUGUUGGUUCCAGUGUUGAGACACCAGUGUUUCAUGAUACAGCUCAGUCAUAGAUCAGUCAUUAUCAUUAUUAGUUUUGACAUGAGGAAAGUGACAAAUGUCUCCUCUUCCAGCUCUGUCCAGACACUGCCAGGAGACAGGAGGCAGCUUACACCUUUGGCACUGCCUACCAGGAGACUGUGAGUGUCUAUCUCUAUCCAGUGCUUGACUUGGACUGAAAUAGGUUCCGGGACUCCUUUUGGGUGCCGCUACUGUUUAUCUUUAGGUGCAGGAGCUCCACAAUACUUUUGAGUUAAUAUUCUAUACGAGGAACAGGAGCUCAAGCAGUAGAACAUGUGAAGUGCCGGUACUCGGCUCCAGUGAGCUCCUGUCCAAGUCAAGCCCUGUCUCGAUCUCUUUAACACAUGUUGUAGUGUUCUCUCAUGGUGACAGAGUUGUUUCGCAUUCUCACUCAGCGCCUAUUCUGUUACGUGUGUGUGUGUGUGUAGUGUGUUCUCUCCAUAGCAGACCUGUUGAGUGUGUAUGCUGAGCCUUUAUUCUACGAUGUGUUUGUGGAUCUGAGCCGAGGAGAGGACAGGAGACUGCUCCCCCUCCCCACACGCAACCUCAACCAAGAAUACAACAGGAAGUUCAUCAACCGGGGUGAGUGGGGGGGGUACAUUUGUUUUAAACCCUUUCUCCCUCAACAAGUAUCUUGAAUAACUGAUGUGUGUGUGUGUGUGUAGGUAACUUGAACGACUGGUACCUAUCGAGGCGUGUGUUACUGGUGGACACUCUGAGUGGGAGAGAGAAGAGCCUCAGCUCUCUGCCAAAAGUCAUACGCAUCGCAAGCAGCAUCAGGAUUGGGUGAGUUGCACGCACAAACACACAUCCAUGUGGGGCAUUCAUCAAUGUUAGCAGGGUGUGAAAACAUGAUGUGUUUGUGACAUAGGUUCCAGCUGGUGCCAGGGACUCAGAAGGGGCAGGUGUUCCCUCCUCUCCUCUCUGUGACCUACUCAGAUGUCCUCAUCACUGACCCAAACACACAGACUGUCUCUGUGAGUAACACACACACACAAACACAUCACACACACACCUAUCACAUCACACACACACAUCCCUGAUCCCACUGUAACUGCUGUGUGUUCUAGGUGUCGUUUGCUGUGGAGUAUGAGAUGGACCAGACUGAGGCUCACAUGAAGACUGAUGUGAGUAACCAUGGUAACCAGGGGGCAGAGAACCAGAAGGGUAAUGCUGUUGUGAUUUUCAUGUUUUUACAUUUUAGUCAUUUAGCAGACGCUCUUAUCCAGAGUGACUUACAGUUAGUGAGUGUGUACAUUUUUUCAUACUGGCCCCCCAUGGGAAUCGAACACACAACCCUGGUGUUGCAAGCGCCAUGCUCUACCAACUGAGCUACAGGAGGCACAUAGUGAAGACCAUAAUGAUUAGUGUGUGUGUGUGUGUGUGUGUAGAUCGCCCUAGGUGUGUUGGGUGGCGUUUCUGUUCUGUAUUCCCUGGUGAAGACCGCCAGCUGGAAGAGGAGGAUUGGAUCUCCUCUCAUUGACAUGGAGGUACCUGACCUUUGACCUGUAACCAUUGACUUUUAACCCUUAAACCCCCAAAUGCAUUUAUUUAGUUGUAGAAUUCAAUUGCAUGUUUGUCAUAUCUUUUCCCUGACCUCUCUCUCCGCCUCUCUCUCUCUGCCUCUCUCUCUCUCUCUGCCCCUCUCUCUCUCCGCCUCUCUCUGCCUCUCUCUCUCUCUCCGCCUCUCUCUCUCCGCCUCUCUCUCUCCGCCUCUCUCUCUCUCUCUCUCUCUCUCUCUCCGCCUCUCUCUCUCUCUCUCUCUCCGCCUCUCUCUCUCUCUCUCUCUCCUCCGCCUCUCUCUCUCUCCGCCUCUCUCUCUCUCCGCCUCUCUCUCUCUCUCUCCUCCCCCUCUCUCUCCGCCUCCCUCUCUCUCUGCCUCUCUCUCUCCGCCUCUCUCUCUCCUCCUCUCUCUCUGCCUCUCUCUCUCUGCCUCUCUCUCUCCGCCUCUCUCUCUCUCUCUCUCUCUCCUCUCUCUCUCCCUCUGCCUCUCUCUCUCUCUGCCUCUCUCUCUCCCUCUCUCUCUCUCUCUCUCUCCCGCCUCUCUCUCCCUCCUCUCUCCGCCUCUCUCUCCCCUCUCUCUCUGCCUCUCUCUCUCUUUGCCGUUCUCUCUCUCUCUCUCUCCACCUCUCCCUCUCUAUUUUACUCCAUCUCCCACCCCUCUGUUUUUCUUGCUCUCAGACCGUAUUGAAGUUCCUGUUGUUUUAUGCUGGUGAUCUGGCUAAUGUCUUCUUCAUCAUCACCGUGGGAACAGGCCUGUACUGGCUCAUCUUCUAUAAGGUAGACGGAGACCCCGCAGACCUUUCACCCUCUUGUACAGCUUUACCUCUGACCUGUCUCUAGUCUUUACUCCUAUUUAUACGGAUUAAUGAUUUUAUUUAAGUUUUUCUCUCCUCUCUUCACCUGGGCUGCACACUCAGACGGUGGAGGCAAGUCUUUCUCUUCUCCUCCCCUCCUCUUUUCCUCUCCCCCAUCCCUUCCUUCCCUCUUCUGCAGUGUUUGAUGCUGUGUGUGUGUGUGUCUGUCUAGGCCCAGCAUUUUGUGUCAGUGCUGCUACCGUUGCCAGGUCCGCAGGAGGAGAGGUUUAUGGCGUAUGUGGGCUGUGCCUUCGCUCUCAAGGUGAGGCCUUCCCACCCUGUUGAUAGCUUGAGUUAUGUGUAUGUUUCUAUUUGUCUAAAACCGUGGUAUUCAAAGUCGGGGCUGUGACCCCUAGUGUGGGCACGGGGGAAUUGCAGUGGGGUCACCACGUUAACAAAUAUAUAUAUUUAAAAAGAAAAUGGGGAAAUUAUUAUAUACUUUUUUGGGGGGGAAUAUUACAGUACAGAUUAUUUGAAAAAUGUAAUGUUAUUUAGUAAAUGUGUUUAUUGGUUCUCUUACUUUUAAUAAGAGAUCAAAAUAAAUGGAAUGUUAUUUGUUGGUGUAAAAAUGGCCAUUUACAGAUUUUAAGGUUGUGUAAAUAUAUCAAUUGGUUGUUCAAACCACGUAAAGCCAACUUAGACAUAGAUGAUGGUAAUAAGAGCUCGAGCAGGCUGUCCCCCCUGGUGGGUGGGAUGACAUGCUGCAACGUACUCAAACAAGUGUAUGAACAUCUAGUUCCAAAAUUCAAAGACUUUUCUGUUUUGUGUGCCAACACUAAGGAUCCCGAGCUGCGCUUUGUGGCACACCUAUGGGAAAACUGUCAGGAAAAUAGGGCUGUUGUUAAUAUAGGUGAAUCUGUUGAAACUUGCAGUCCAACUCCUCUGACUAUCGUCGUUAUGAUGCCAAGAAUCCUAAUAAUGUAUUAUUUCACAAUUUCAUGAAACAAAUCUUAUGACAUUUUUUCCCGAGGCGGUGGCAUAGGUGCCAAUGGCAUAAGAGAAGAUCUGAAGGCCUCAUCAAUCCACACCUAGGAACACCACAUGAUUGAACACCACAUGCACACACCCAAACCCACACACAGAUUCUGACCAAACAUUCGGAACACAAUAUUAAUAUAAACAUGCACGCACAGUCAAAUAAUAACCCUUGGAUUUUACAGGGAAAACACUGCAGCUGAGCAGUCGCUCCUUCACUGUACUACUUCACAGAUCUGUUCUCUUCCCUGAAGCACAUGCACAUUUGGACUGUGAGAGGUCUGUGAGAGAUUUUGCUGAGAAUGCGAAUUCUCAUUUUCCUGUGGUAACCUUGUGUUUGAGCCUCCUAAUCGUAAUAAUAAAGUUGGGGGGAAAAAGGAACAUAUUUACCUUUUUCAUCCUAUUUAUAAAAUAUUGGUGGAAUUAUCGGCCGAUAUCGAUAUAUCGUAAAAACAAAAGGCCAAUAUCGUUCGUUAAUAUCGGUCAUUAGAUUUGUGAGUCACGUGAAAUCCUGCUGAAAGAAAAGGGGUCCCUGCUGAAAAAGUUUGAUUACCACUGGUCUAAAAUGUCUUCCUCUCCUCCAGACUGUGCAGUUUCUCCAUAAGCUGAUCCAGCAGUUGUCAGUGGAUAUCUUCUUCAUAGACUGGGAGAGACCGCGCGGCAAAGCCAACAAGACCAUCCAGGGUACGUAGUCAAGAAACGCCUUUUCCCCUUUUCUCUGAAAGUUGUUUUAGCCCUCUGUCUCUCUGAAAUGGAAGUGAGCAGUAAUUUGGGUUGUUGUCAGGCGAUGGCAACGGUGAGGCGAAGCGCGACCCAUCUCCUGUCAGCAUCUGGAGGACCUACUUUGUGGCCAAUGAGUGGAAUGAGAUUCAGACCAUACGCAAGAUCAGCCCCACCUUCCAGAUCAUGGCUGUGCUCUUCCUACUAGAGGUACACACCCUCCUUCCCUCUCCCUCUCUCUUUGGUUCUUUCCCUUCAGAGAAAUGGCAGCACUCACUCCUGUUAUAUUUCAAAUCACUUUCUUAACACUCUCUCUCUCGCUCUCUCUGUGACUCUCUCGCGCUCUCUUUCUCUCUCCCUGUGUAUCUAGGUGGUUGGCUUCUCCAGUCUGGCCCUGAGGGACCCAUGGUCAGAUCUCCAGCGCCCCCCUCAGUCCUACUUCCCUCCCUACAGCCUGACGCUGCGCUACGGCCUGGCUGCCACACUCUGGCUCUGCAUGGGACUGCUGCAGGUAGGUACACCCCUAUGAACUGCAGACGUCGGACCUGUCACCAGUGUGUCUCUGGACAGGCUUUCUCACUCUGUGUGUGUUUCACUUUCUCUCUGCAGAUAAUUUUCUUCGCUGCGUUCCAUGAGCGUUUUGUGGAGGAUAAGAUCCGCCAGUUUGUGGACCUUUGCUCCAUCAGCAACGUGAGUAUCACUCUCAGCAGCAUGUACAUUUUGUGUGUGUCUCAACUGCCGUGCACAUUUUGUAAAAGUGAAAUGGGCUGAUGAUGAACUGCUCCUGCUGCUGUUGUAAUGCUGUCAGUCGUUUAAAUAAAGUUUUUCUUCUGUCUUAGAUCUCGGUGUUGCUGCUGUCCCACAGGUGUUUUGGUUACUACAUCCACGGGCGCUCCGUCCACGGCCACGCUGACACCAACAUGGAGGAGAUGAACAUCAACCUCAAGAGAGAGGCCGUACGUACACACAGAGACAGACAGAGAGCGAGUGGGUAUGAGAUUGGGAUGUGUGUAUUUUGUUAUGAUAUAAAAGGCUAUUCAACCCUUUCUCCCUCUCGCUCCCUGUAGGAGUCUCUGUGUGGUCAGAGAGGUCUCCUUCCCAACACAGACACUCAGACCUUCCAGAUCUCCAUCACCAGCCGACUACGCCAGCAGUACGACCGCAUCCUGGAGCCUCUCAGCAGGGUGGGGCUGUGUGUGUGUGUGUGUGUGUGUGUGUGUGUGUGUGUGUGUUGUUUAAUAUCAUUAUAAUCAACAUGACAGAUAUUUUUUGUCCGUUCUAUACAAUGUGUUUAUCUGAAUAUUAUCUUGUGUUUUAUCGCCUUGAACGUGCCUCUGCAUCGGUCUGUCUCUAACAGAGAACUGGGCCAUCGCGGUUGGUGGACGCAGCCUCAGGACACCCCUUUGACCAGAGCACCAAAGCCUACCACACCAUGAACCGUUUCCUAGGAUCUGUCAUAGACCAUGUCAGAUAUAAACACACCAGAACAAACACACACCAUGACCCACUUCUUGGGAUCUGUUAUAAUCACUUUAGCACACACACACACACACCCUUACCUGAUGUUUUGUUGUGUUCCCUGUAGGCCCAUCGGGACAUGGAAUACGUUGUGAGAGACAAACUGUUUUUUGAGAGCGUCAUAGGGAUGGAGUUCAUGGAGCCUAUGGACAAGAGCAUCUUCUACAAUGGUAAUACUCUCUAUAUCACAUUUACAUUUACAUCAUUUAGCAGACGCUCUUAUCCAGAGCGACUUACUUCUUUUUUUUAUGGGGAGGGGGGGGGUAGAAGGAUUGCUUUAUACUAUUCCAGGUAUUCCUUAAAGAGGUAGGGUUUCAAGUGUCUCCGGAAGGUGGUCAGUGACUCCGCUGUCCUGGCGUCGUGGGGGAGCUUGUUCCACCAUUGGGGUGCCAGAGCAGCAAAUAGCUUUGACUGAGCUGAGCGGGAACUGUGCUUCUGUAGAGGUAGGGGAGCUAGCAGGCCAGAGGUGGAUGAACGUAGUGCCCUCGUUUGGGUGUAGGGUCUGAUCAGAGCCUGAAGGUAAGGAGGUGCCGUUCCCCUCACAGCUCCGUAGGCAAGCACCAUGGUCUUGUAGCAGAUGCGAGCUUCAACUGGAAGCCAGUGGAGUGUACGGAGGAGCGGGGUGACAUGAGAGAACUUAGGAAGGUCGAACAAAAAAAAUUAAUUGUGUGUCGUCUGCGUAGCAAUGAUAGGAGAGACCAUGUGAGGAUAUGACAGAGCCAAGUGACUUGGUGUAUAGAGAGAAUAGGAGAGGGCCUAGAACUGAGCCCUGGGGGACACCAGUGGUGAGAGCACGUAGUGCGGAGACAGAUUCUCGCCACGCCACCUGGUAAGAGCGACCUGUCCGGUAGGACGCAAUCCAAGAGUGAGCAGCGCCGGAGAUGCCCAACUCAGAGAGGGUGGAGAGGAGGAUCUGAUGGUUCACAGUAUCAAAGGCAGCGGAUAGGUCUAGAAGAAUAAGAGCAGAGGAGAGAGAGUUAGCUUUAGCAGUGCGGAGAGCCUCCGUUACACAGAGAAGAGCAGUCUCAGUUGAAUGACCAGUCUUGAAACCUGACUGGUUUGGAUCAAGAAGGUAAUUCUGGGAGAGAUAGCAGGAGAGUUGGCUAGAGACGGCACGCUCAAGAGUUUUGGAGAGAAAAGAAAGAAGGGAUACUGGUCUGCAGUUGUUGACAUCGGAGGGAUCGAGUGUAGGUUUUUUGAGGAGGGGUGCAACUCUCGCUCUCUUGAAGACGGAAGGGACAUGGCCAGCGGUCAAGGAUGAGUUGAUGAGCGAGGUGAGGUAAGGGAGAAGGUCUCUGGAAAUGGUCUGGAGAAGAGAGGAGGGGAUAGGGUCAAGCGGGCAGGUUGUUGGGCGGCCGGCCGUCACAAGUCGCAAGAUUUAAUCUGGAGAGAGAGGGGAGAAAGAAGUCAAAGCAUAGGGUAGGGCAGUGUGAGCAGGACCAGCGGUGUCAUUUGACUUAAUAAAUGAGGAUCGGAUGUCGUCAACCUUCUUUUCAAAAUGGUUGACGAAGUCAUCCACAGAGAGGGAGGAGGGAGGGGGAGGAGGAUUCAGGAGGGAGGAGAAGGUGGCAAAGAGCUUCCUAGGGUUAGAGGCAGAGGCUUGAAAUAUAGAGUGGUAGAAAGUGGCAUUAGCAGAGGAAAAGGAGGAAGAGAAUGUAGAGAGGAGGGAGUGAAAAGAUGACAGGUCCGCAGGGAGUCUAGUUUUCCUCCAUUUCCGCUCAGCUGCCCGGAGCCCUCUUCUGUGAGCUCGCAAUGAGUCGUCAAGCCACGGAGCAGGAGGGGAGGACCGAGCCGAGGGUUGAGGGGGCAGAAUCAGGAGAUUGAAGGGAGAAGGAUUUAGCAGAGAGAAGAGAUGAUAGGAUGGAAGAGGAUAGAGUAGCGGGAGAGCGAAGGUUGCGACAGCACAUUACCAUCUGAGUAGGGGCAGAGUGAGUAGUGUUGGAGGAGAGCGGGAGAGAAAAGGAUACGAAGUAGUGGUCGGAGACUUGGAGGGGAGUUGCAGUGAGAUUAGUAGAAGAACAGCAUCUAGUAAAGAUGAGGUCAAGCGUAUUGCCUGCCUUGUGAGUAGGGGGGGGGGGGCGGUGAGAGGGUGAGGUCAACAGAGGAGAGGAGUGGAAAGAAGGAGGCAGAGAGAAAUGAAUCAAAGGUAGACGUAGGGAGGUUAAAGUCACCCAGAACUGUGAGGGGUGAGCCAUCCUCAGGAAAGGAACUUAUCAAGGCAUCAAGCUCAUUGAUGAACUCUCCAAGGGAACCUGGAGGGCGAUAAAUGACAAGGAUGUUAAGCUUGAAUGGGCUAGUGACUGUGACAGCAUGGAAUUCAAAUGAGGAGAUAGACAGAUGGGUCAGGGGAAAAAGAGAGAAUGUCCACUUUGGAGAGAUGAGGAUUCCUGUGCCACCGCCGCGCUGACCAGAUGCUCUCGGGGUAUGCGAGAACACAUGGUUAGACGAGGAAAGAGCAGUAGGAGUAGUAGUGUUUUCUGUGGUAAUCCAUGUUUCUGUCAGCGCCAAGAAGUCGAGGGACUGGAGGGUAGCAUAGGCUGAGAUUAACUCUGCCUUGUUGGCCGCAGAACGGCAGUUCCAGAGGCUGCCAGAGACCUGGAACUCCACGUGGGUUGUGCGCGCAGGGACCACCAGAUUAGUGGCAACAGCCACGUGGUGUGAAGCGUUUGUAUGGCCUGUGCAGAGAGGAGAGAACAGGGAUAGACAGACACAUAGUUGACAGGCUACAGAGAAAGGCUACAAUAAUGCAAAGGAGAUCGGAAUGAAAUGAACUAAACAUCUGGGAAAGCGAGAGAGCGGGGCCUCCCUCACUUACGUUUCACUGAAACACUGAAAUAUAACUCUCCCAACUUCCACUUUAGAAAUUAUAAUUGUUGUAAACUACAGCGGUUCAAUGCUUCUAGGAAUAGACUCUAACUUAGCUUAUUCAGCUAGCUAACUUGGUACACCGAAUCAUAUGACGCCAAAGCCAACUAGCAUGCCAGCCUCCAAUAACACGGUUUAGCACCACUACUCGGUUACAGCAAACCACCAGUGUGUUAACACGCCAAGCAGAUCAUUUGUGUCCGUGUCUAACGUUUUGGGGUAGUUUUGACAGUUUGAGUGAGUACGUCAUCAACUUAUUCAGCCAGUUAGUUAGCUAGAAUAGUUAGCAUACUAGCUAGCCAUUGCUCUCUGCCAACGAACUAACCCCUCCUCCCACGGCACGAACACACAGAGAGCCAAGCUAACGUUAGCUAGUCACCCAUGUCCCAAAUUCCCUUGAACGACUCUGGUUACCAGUAUGUAAAAACAAAACAAAAAUAUAUGUCGGUUAUAGCUUACCCUUAGUAGCUACUGUUAGCCAGUUAAGUGCAAAGCUAGCCACUGAAUCGAUUCAGCCAGUUCGCGUCUGUCCAAAUGGAGAGAAAGCGUCUGCAAAUAUUAACGCUAGGUCGUUCCAGCUAUUGUUUAGUUAGCUGUCCAGGUAGCUACAUUUCGAGUACAGUAGCUACUAACUACCUAACGUUAACGCUUCAGAUAAUGAGGUUAGAAAAACAGCUGAAUGGUAGGUAGCUAGCUGGCAUAAUUACAGGUACUCUUAAGCGUGGAAUAACAUUGGAAACAACUAUCCACAGUUGCUAAUAGUUACCUGUAGCUACCCGCUAGCUAGCUAGCUUUAUUGGUCCAGGUAGUGAGUUAGCUAGCCUCGUGCUUCACCGGGCUCUGCCGAAUACAAUACUUACCUACAAUAAUUACCAACAAUAACUACCUAGAUAAACUACCUACAAUACCUAACUACAAUACCUACCUACCUACAAUCUAAAUACAUUAUUUAAUCUUUACUCGACACCAUAUGAGCCAAGCUUACCUCCCACCAGAGAGAGACACAACCUCACCCGUCGCUGUAGAUACAACAGUAAUACUGUAUAUUACUACAUGACAGAUACAACAGUAAUACUCUCUCUAUAUCACUACUUGACAGAUACACCAGUAAUACUCUCUCUAUAUCACAUGACACAAAGCAUUUUGUACACACACUGUGUGGGCUGCAGAUAACUGGCCUACCAAAGUAGUGUUUCAUACAGCGGUAUGGUCUGUAUGGACAAGCCUCUGCACCUGUAUGACCUCUGAAAUAUGUCUUUAUUCAUCUCUGACAGAUGAGUCCCAUUCGUUCAGUGACGUGCUGUUCUAUGGGAACGAAGCCACUCUGUUGAUCUUUGACACGCUCUUCUUCUGUGUGGUUGACCUGGGAGCACAGAGCUUCAUACUGGCAGCCGUACUCACAUACGCACAGCAAAUGGUCAGUAUUGUUUGUGUGUGUACUUGUCUGUGUUUGUUGUACAACAGUAAAAAAUAACAUUCAAUUUAUUUUCUGUUCUAGAUCUUUCGAUUAAUCCGUAACGGUAUUGGGCGGAGAAACCUGGCCAACAAAACAUUGGUGGACCAGAGAUUCCUUAUAUAGUUCCUGCUGUCAGAAUGAUGAUAGUAUGCCAUGCCUUGUUAGUAUGUAACAGCCUUGGUAUCUGUGUGACUAGCGCGGUUAAAUUGUUUUGUUUACAGCUUCGGCAGCCUCUAAUGUGUAUUUUUAUUUAUUUUUUCAGAUGCUUUUCUACUUGUUUACACAGUAUUUUUCCAGUAUUUUGUACAUCUUCUUUACUGGGUUGAUGAUGUAAAUGUUGUAAUUCAGUUUUUCUAUGUGAUAUUUUUGUACAAAUUAAAACAAUGUGUCUGAUU